AAUUAAGGGUGGACAUAAAGAAUUCACAAAGCGGCCGCAAAUUUUCAGUUUUGAUAGUCAGCAUAUACGGAAAAAAUUCGCUUAGUUUUGACAAAUAGAAACAGUUUUAUGCAUAAUGAAGAAUAUUAGAAAAAUGUCGAGAUUUUUCGGAAAUAAAAUUAAGUCACAUUUUUAUGUCAUCAAAAAAGUUUACCCUAUUUAGGGUAAAAGUGGAAGUAGUGUUGAUGUGUAACGUCAGACGAGUUGAUCGAGCUUGCGGCAUGUUGGUCCAAAUAUUUGUUACAUUUGCCAUCUUGCUGUCGCAAGUUUGCACUUCUGAUCCUGACCAGUUAAAUUUGGAGGUAGUGUCUGAAGCUGAACUUCAACAGCUUGUAUUGGAUGAAAAAUAUGUACUUGUUUUGUUUUCUAGAGGAGAAAAAUGCACAGCUGGCUGCGACACGUUGGAGAAGCAGCUGCUGCGAGUACGGGAAGAGAUAGUAGAAGCUCUAGGAGCAUGGGUUGUACGGUGCCAUGCUCCCGACACUCAAAUUCAUUGGGGUGGAUCCCGUGAUACUGAAACCAUUAUAUUUAUUAGGAAUACCAAGCCAAUGAUUGUUUCCAGUUCCUUCAGUGAUGACGAAGAAUUGCUAAAUUAUCUUCUCGCAAACAAAGAAUCUAAUGUCAAGUCGCUUAAUGAUGCAACGUUUGAGCACGAGACACAGGCAAGCACUGGCGCGACUACAGGAGACUGGCUGGUGGUGUUCACCAGGGAAGGCUGUGGCCAGGCCUGUGAGCGCAUCGUGUCCCACGUCGAGGCGGCCGCUGCUAACUUGAGAGGCAGGAAGAAUGUAGCCGUGGUCCUGAGAGAGGCUGAGGCGGCCGUCACAACGCGGCGAUUCGAAGUCACUGACUUCCCUGGCGUUAUUCUUUUCCGGCUUGGCCGCAUGUACCGCUUCCCUCUGGUGCCCAUCACGGCCUCGGCUCUCACAGCCUUCGCUGAGGAAGGCUUCAGAAAUGCCAGGGCUGAGGAAAUCCCCAUGCCAAAAUCCCCAUUCGAUGAUGUCACGCAAGCAAUAGCAGACUGGCUGCGCGAGAACCCUUAUCAGUUCCUCGGUGGCGUGGCUGGCACAAUCUUCGUCAUUCUGGUCCUGGUUCUGCUCAACUCUCCUCCUCCUGAGUCCUGGACCAAACAGGCCAAGAAAAAGAAGAAAUAAUUCGAAAUUUUCUGGUAGCAACACUAGAGUUUCUGUCUCAUCUAUUGAUUAGGGCUGGUAACUUGCUUCAAUAAGGCAGUUGUCAGAUUAUCAAGGUUAACUUCAGAAAGACAAUGUCGAAUCCUUCGCUCGACUUCUAUAUCUGGAGGCUUUUUUGGCAUGGGUUUUUGCUUCUGUCACUUAUUUUUACUUCAGUAUUAACUAUUUUUAUAUAAAACUCCAAGUCGAGCAUUAUUCAUUCAUCAUUACAAAACCUAUAUUAUCCAUUAAAUGCCUGUUAUGAAUGUUAUCAAGUUUUCUGUAGCCAUUCCACUGUCAGGAAUAACUUGGGAGAUUUCUACUAUGAGCUUCUUUGCGUCAUAUUACGUCAUUUGAGGAGCACUUAAUCAUUUGAGGAGAAUACUAGCUUUUUGAGGGUGCCAUGUUGGUCUGAGUAGAUGGCCUGUUUUCAACUACCGGUAUUCGAUUUGCAAAUUUUGAUGUUGGGAACUUUUAAUCCAUUGGCAGUCCUGCAAAGUUGUCUGUCGAAGUCGUCAGUUGCAAACUGAACUCGUUUGAAUUUUUAUUUCAUUUUAAGGGUGCGGUUUUGACAUAACUUAACUCCAUUUAAACUUGUACGAUAUGUUAUUUAUGUAUCACAACGCUCCAAUACCAAUUUACCAUCAUUAUGCAACAUAUGUAUUAUAAAAAUUAUGGUGUGAUUUGUAUUGGACCGCAGUGUGCUCAAUACCAGUGUUGAGCAUAGUAAUGUUGCAAUUCAUGAUAAUGUCAAUCAUGAGCAGUAAUACAUAAACAUGUGGCUGUUGUCUGCAGUUCUCAACAGAUGUUUGGUUUUUUUGGCGUUUUUGUUUGAAAUUAAAAAAUUCAUUUUUGUUUCGGCUCGUUUGAUUUUUAAUUCUUAUUCUACAUUCCAACAGUUGCUUCAUUCAAAGCUAUUAUUUUCGAAUUUUUAACGUAGUUACACUUGAUUAAUACUUUUUCUGUUUACCAUGUUAGGAUUUUCAGAAUUAGUAUAAAAAGUGAUUAGGCUGCAAUUAUUUUUUCUAUUUUAAUAUAAAGAACUUGUUCACAUUUGGUUUGAUUUCUCACGAUUGGUCGUAAUAUUCAAAUCUUGUUUCUUUCAUGUCAGUUUACGGUUAGUGUGAAAUUGCUCCGAGUUGUUCCUCCUUCUAGUUUGACUAAUUGUUUGUAAGAAUCUAGGUGAGUUACCCUAUGAUUUCGGAGAAAUUCUAUCAGAUUUGUGAGCUACAACAAUUUUGUUGCAUUAUAUUCACUUUCUUAUUCAACCUUCUUGCUGGGUCGCCCGUAAGUAUCCUUCCACUUAUUUAUACUUUUCCAGGUCGUUUAGAGUAUUACGAAUUUGCGUUAUUGUUUCUUCUUAGAUCGAGCUUUCAGCUCUUCUUUUCCAUGCAAGUUUCUUGAAUGAUUUAUAAUAUUUUUCUCGAUAUUGGAUUGUUAUUUUUGCCAUUUCUCGAACAGCGCUCAUCGCCCGCGUUUAAUGUGUUGUGUGGACGAUGUUGUAGGCAGAGAAUGGAGGGUAUGUGCGUUGCGAAAGAAAUUGAUUUGAAUAAUGGCAUGACGGUAUUCAGCACCUAAUAUAAUUUGGGUUUUUGAAUUCCAAAGUCCGCGACAACCCCAGGGUGGUCAGUUGAAGAGCAUUGACUCUCGAUUGCAAAUCUUGAUAUCUCGAUUGGAUGUACUUUGAUAUAGUUUAAUCCACACAGUUGAAUCUAUAACAGUUAAUAUUUUUUCUGUUAUUUACUCUGGCAAAACUAUCAUUAUAGCUUUAUAGGUGAACUGCGCAGAAACAUUGUACAGUCAUCAGACGAGUGUGUUCCUAUCAGAAGCGCUUCCGAGCAUUAAUUAAUGUAGUUUCUGUUUGCAUACCGCCAAGCUCGUGAUAUAAGGCGUCGGGUCUCAAUUGUAGGGAUGAAUAGUUACGAAGAUAGCAUUCUUCGUGCUCCUUACCUGUCAUGUCAGGCAUGAGUACGGUAAUCAAAUUUUUAUUGUUUUCUUUCGUCGUCAGAUUUAAUCCGUCGUCUGGAAGCUGAUAAAUGCGAGUCGUUCACAGGAAUUUCAUUGCUGUCCACGUUUGUGUUCUAGUAAUACUGUUUGCGGACUUGUAUUAUGAAAGUCUUAAUGUUAUGGUGGUUGUUUGGGUGCUGUUGGAUUGAAACAAUCCUUGUUUUCUAAUGAAAAGUUUUUUCAACUAGUUUUGUUUUACCUGUUUAAACGAAGUUACAUUUGAAUUAAAUUGGUUGAACGAAA